AUGUCUCGACGAGCAUCUGUAUUCAGCUUUCUUGGAGUUUCUGAAGAAGAUAUUCACAGUCCCAUAAAAUACUCAAAGAAUGAUCAUUCAUUGAAAGGUCGCCUUAAAAGAAUAUUCAUCCGUGACUCAACUGCACGUAGAGUGGCUAUUAUUUUUGAUUUGAUCAUUCGACUUCUAGCAUGCCUACUCUAUGUCAUUCGUGUGCUGAUUGAUGAUCAAACAGAGUAUAACUGCAAUGGAUACCCAUGUGCAUCAGAUACUGGAAAUGUAAAUCAGUCAUAUUCAUCUCCUGUCAACUGGUAUGUUCUUGCCUGGGUGCAUCGUCCCUUUGGAUUAUGGAUAGUACAAGUUGUUCUUUCAUUCAUAAUGCUUUCCAAACUGUUGUUACAACUUUAUGUUGUACGUAAGCAAAAAAUAAUCCCAAGGGUUUUCAGGAUGUCAACAUUAAUUGAGAUUGUGUGUACUGUUCCAGUGAUUUCAACUAUAUUUUGGCCUUCUAAGUUACAUAACAUGUUUUAUCCUGUUUUUCUGAAUUGUUGGCUUGCUAAUGAUGCCAUGUACGCUAUUUUUAAUGACAUCCAUGUCACUGGAAAACGAUUCCAAAGUAUUUCUGUCACACUCUCCCAGCAACUUUUUAUGUUGAUUGGAACACUCUGCUGUUUAAUAUUCACAACAAUCUGUGGCAUUCAACAUAUCCAGCGAGCAACAACUGAUUUGGAGAAGCAGCAAAAUUUGUUCCAAUCUUUUUAUUUUGUCAUUGUCACAAUCACAACAGUUGGAUAUGGAGACUUUUAUCCUGACUAUUGGCUUGGACAACUUUUUAUGCUGCUCAUGAUAGGAGUGGCUUUUAUCUUUCUUCCCCGACAACUUGAAAGUAUUGCUUCCACAUGGAUUGACAAAGGAAAAGAAGGGCGAGACUUCAGUGCGGCUCAAGCUAAAUCAUCUAAACAUGUUGUUGUCUGCAUUGCUUCAAUUUCACCAGAUAUUGUCAUGGAUUUUCUCAAUGAAUUUUUUGCCCAUUCUGAAUUGGAGAGUUAUAUUGUUGUGUUCAUGGCCUCUUCAGACCUCAGUUCCAAUAUUAAUGCCAUAUUGAAAGAUCCUAAAUGGUUUCAACGAGUACAUUAUUUAAAAGGUUCUGCCCUGAAAGAUGCUGAUCUGAACAGAGCCAGAGUACAGGAUGCACAAGCAUGUUUUCUCUUGGCUGACCGAAGUUCCAAAGAUAGGAUUGAAGCUGAUCAUCAUACAAUUUUAAGAUCUUGGGCUGUUAGAGAUUUUGCACCUCAUUGCCCCCAGUAUCUUCAUCUUUUCAUGGUAGAAAAUCGUAUGCACAUAAAAUAUGCAGACUGUGUGGUAUGUGAAGAUGAAUUUAAAUAUGCUUUGUUUGCCAACAACUGUAUGUAUCCAGGAAUGUCAACCUUAGUCACUCUUCUUCUACACACCUCUGAAGUAGAUUUCAGUAAAAAGGCUCCAGAACGGUGGCAAAAAAUUUAUGGUCGCCAUUCUUGCAAUGAAGUUUACCAUAUUUCUCUACAAGACAGCUUGUUUUUUGGACGAUAUGAAGGCAAAACUUUUCCAGAAGCCUCAACUGAUGCCCAUGAUAGAUUUGGUGUGUGCCUACUUGCCAUUGAGGAUACAAUAAAACCAGAUUCUCGUAUUCAACUGAAUCCAGGUCCAAAUUACAUCAUGAAAAAAACUGAUAUAUGUUACUAUCUCAGUGUCACUAAAGAAGAAUUUGCCCAAAUAGAUUCAUCAGCAUUUGAAAGAAAAUCAACACUUGAAGAAAAAUCUAAUGAUAACCAGUUGGAACCUACUGGUAUUCCUAUGACCAAUAUAUCAAGAAACAACAACGAUGAAUUUGCCCAAGAGCUUCAAAAUGCAACUGAUGAUGAUGAUUCAGAUGAAGAACGGUAUACAACAGUCAAUAUUAAUAGCCAUGUUAUCAAUCGUCCAUGUGACAUCAUCAAAGAGGAAAAUGAAGAGGUAGAUACAGAAGUAAAUGACAAGUCUAGUCUUACUCUGUCAGAGCUGAACAGUCCAAUUUCACCUGACAUCCUUUUGGACGAGGCAGUUGAGAGAGCUGGUGUCUUGAAAACAUAUUCUAAUGACUUUGGACACGAUAUGUGGUUACCAACUAAAUUCAGACUUUAUAUUGGUGUUCCUCCAAUUGUGCCUUUUGUUGGAGCAAGAAAGACAUUUUGUCAUCUGGAGAGACUUCGACCACCAUGUUGCUUGAAAUGGGGAAUGGAUUGUGUUCAUUGUCCAUUUAAGAAUGCUAAAGAUGCUCGUUGGCAACAACAGCUUAUCAUUUUGGUAGCUGAGAAUGCUUAUGGUGGCAUUUAUAAUUUUAUUGUUCCACUGCGGCAACAUUUUCUGGAUAGAGAAGCUCUGAGACCUAUUAUUCUUCUCUUAGAACAAGAACCAGAGAGUGUAUUUUUGGAAAUCAUUGCUCAUUUUCCUUUGGUUUAUUGGUUAAUUGGGAAAAUUUCAAGUGUGGAUGAUCUUCUCAGAGCAGGAAUUACAAAAGCAAGCCAGAUUGUGAUUGUGAAGCGGGAGAUGACUGAGAAUAUAACAGAAAGAUCACUUAUGGAUACUGGCACUAUCAUAGCAGUGCAACAAAUAUUCAAACUUUUCCCAAGUGCUAACAUCCUCACUGAAUUGGAUCAAGCAACAAACAUGAGAUUUAUGAGCUUCAAAGCCCAGGACCAAUAUUCUAUGAACAUUUCAAAAUUAGAAAAGAAAAUAAUCAACAGAGUGUCAUCCAAUUUGAGUCAUAUGUUUCGCCUCCCAUUUGCUGCCGGUCGGGUAUUUAGUGCUAGCAUGCUUGAUACACUACUGUACCAGACAUUUGAAAAAGGUUAUUUGAUUGCAUUUAUUCGCCUUUUAUUGGGAAUUGACUCUUCUGAAAAUUGUGGUCACCUCUCAAGUAUGCGAGUUCGCAAAAGUACUUUAGAAAAAGUUACUACAUAUGGAGAACUCUACAACCACCUUUGUGAAACAGUUAGUGAAGUACCAAUUGCAAUAUAUCGGUCUGAACAAACCAUAAUCUCAGGAUUUGAUCCUUCUGACAUAAAAGAAGGGACAUUAGUUAAAAACCAAACAAGUUCAAACAGACCAAAUGGUACAGGAACAUUAUUAACAUCAAGGUUUAGACGAAGAUCGUCUUGGGCAGUGCCAACUAAUGAUAAACUUGACAUUACAAGCAUAGUAACAGCAAGAAUGUCAAGCCUAGAAAUCAGUGCUGAAGAUUAUGAUCGAUACAGCAAAGAUAAAAGUAUAAGAUCAUAUGUGAUCCUAAAUCCUUCCCCUAAACGACGUCUCAAGCAUGGAGACCUUAUUUACAUCAUCCAACCUGCUAAUAGACAAGCUACUCCAGUCGGAACCAGAAAGAAAUGUUCCAGCCAGUAUAGCAAAUCUCCAGAUCCAAUCAAUCUUGCAAUUUAA